AUGGUGACCACUCCCACCUGCUGAUGUUACAGUUCUCUCAGACCUCAGUUUGUUAUUUAAUCUCUAAAAAUAGCAACACGGUCCUGUUUUGAAGUGUCCAGCAUCUUGAAUGUUGAAGCCACGAGGUUUAGAAAUUAUACAAAUUUAUAACAAUGAACGUAAUUUUAGUCUCGUCAUCAUCAGACUUAUGUGGCGUGCAGCUCUAUAAACCAAAAAACUAUUGCAUUGAACGGGUUGGUCAAAUUUUUGAUAAACUAUUACACGAAACAAUUCCUCUAACACGACAGAAAUUAGAAAGUACAAUAGUAACCACCUCAUCAGGUUUUUGUAUCCAUACGCACACCUAGACUAGAUAAGAGACUAGAAACACAAUUAUUAUUAAUUCUACAAUUCGAAUUUAUGAUGAAGUUUCUUAUCUUUGUAACUUUUUUAGUCGGAGUAUUAUAUGCAGCAAAGUCAAAGAAGUCUAAGGAUGGGACAAAGCAGCUGUUACAGGCGAUAAAAAAUGAGCUGAGUGAGCUCAAGAAGGGACAAGGAGUUCUUGGAGAGAAGAUUCAGUCACUUGACGAGGGACAAGAGGUACUCGGAGAGAAGAUCCAGUCUCUUGAUGACGGACAAGGAGUACUCGGAGAGAAGAUCCAGUCCCUUGAUGACGGACAAGGCGUACUUGGAGAGAAGAUUCAGUCCCUUGAGAAAAAGCUAGAAAAGGCGGGGACCUGGCGCCUGGGGAUGAACAUCAAUCCUGCCGACGGACACAUAUUCGGAUACACUGUCGGAUGGGCCACUGGUAUUGAUAUUGGAAGUGAUGAUGAAGCCCUAACCAAGGACUACUUGAGUGCAAAAGUGUGGGUUACACCAGCAAACUGCAUUGCUAUUGUGAGACAUCAGCGAGGUGUUGUGGAUGCUGUGAAGGUCUUCAAGUUCAAAGUCCCGGGAGAAUCACUCAGUACAAGGUUCGGGCUGAAAAACAUGAACCCGGGCAGACAAAUUGUUACUCAAGGAGGGCCAAUCCAGGAGUCAGUUGCCGAUGAUGCUGAUAAUUUGGGAGACGAUCCUAUAUUCUCUGUUGGUGGAGACCUCGCUUUUAACUGGACAUAUAGCAAUAACGGCUGUAGAAUUGCACUCACUGAAGGACACCUCUCUGGAGCUGAUGUGAAUGACGACAACACACACGGCCUUGGAAAUGACUUUGGCAUCAACCCACUCACAGACACCAUUAACAGUGUCUGGGCUCACGAUAUUUCAAACAUACAGGACUGUCCAAUGCCAGCCUGUAAGACGUGAGACUACAGGGAACAGAUCAUGAAACAGGACCACAUUUUAAAAGUGGGCCCGUUUACGGGAACUAUGCAAUCUAUGUUUCAUUUGACUCGGAGAAGUUCCCCCUGCCUGGUGACAAGCUUAGUCUGAAGAUUGAGAUGUAGAGGGACUACUUUACAAGGAAGGACGAUGGACUGAAUGAUAUAGAUAUCUAGAAUAUUUUAUAAAUUCCUGACAUUAAUCCUCUUUUUCGUGAGAAUCUUUCUGCAACAAUUGUGAUGUGACUCCAUGGUUUUUAUUCCAUUAUAUU